AUUUUAUUAUUAACGGUCGUGCUCAAGGAAAAAAACAAACGACAAUUUUUGCACAAUUUUUACUCAAUUUAAAUGAUUUUCGGACCUAAAAAGUUUUCAAAAUGAGUAAAGUGAGAACGCCAGCAAAGGUCCCAAUCGGAAGUCGUCUCGCCCUGAAAACUCCGCGCAAACAAAAUUCAAAAGAAAAUCUCACAAAAGAUCCUGUCCAAGUAUUCUGUCGCAUCAAACCACUACCAUGCGAAGGCGAUUUAAGCUGUAUUAAAGUCAUCUCACCCACAACUGUGGUCUUGACUCCGCCCGAAUUCGCGGUAAACUACAAAAUUGGCAAUUUAAAGGAGACGCAAUGCACUUUCAAGCAUGUUUUUGACGGCGAAUCGAAACAACGUGAAGUUUAUUCGUGUGUCGCUCAACCGCUCGUGGAAAAUCUCAUUCGCGGAAAGAGCGGAUUGCUUUUCAGUUACGGCGUUACUGGAUCUGGCAAAACCUAUACGAUGACCGGCGAUGCUAAAAAUCGUGGAAUCAUGCCACGAUGUCUUGAUUCGUUGUUUAAGACAAUUUCCGACUUGCAAACGAAGAAAUUUGUCUUUAAACCGGAUCGCAUGAACGGUUUUGAGAUUUUAUCCGAAGCUGAUGCGAUGUUGGAACGUCAAGCGGAACUCCAUUCACGUCUUUUGAAGUCUGGGCGUCGCAAAGAUUCGGAUCCGGAAAUUGCUUCGCAAGCCUCAACGAAUGCCGAGACGCUUGAUGGGCUCGAUGAGGAUAAUAUGUACGCAGUUUUCAUCACGUACGUCGAAGUUUACAACAAUUCCGUGUUCGAUUUGCUCGAGGAGACCCCCAUGCAAGGCUUUAAGCAGGGAACGUUGCAAAGUCGCGUCAUUCGAGAGGAUGCCAAUCACAAUAUGUACGUGCAUGGCGUUACCGAACUCGAAAUUAAGUCUGUGGAACAAGCUCUCGAGGCAUUUCAGUUGGGACAGAAGCGAAAACGCGUCGGUCAUACAAUUUUGAAUGCGGAAUCAAGUCGAAGUCACUCGGUUUUCACGAUCCGACUUGUGCAGGCGCCGUCAGAUGCGCAAGGCGAGUACGUCGUGCAAGACAAACAAACGAUCACCGUGAGUCAAUUGUCGCUCGUGGACUUGGCGGGCAGCGAGAGAUUGUCCCGUACGAAAAAUACGGGCGAAAGACUUCGAGAAGCGGGAAAUAUCAAUAAUUCACUGAUGACGCUCCGAACGUGCUUGGAAAUUUUGCGGGAGAAUCAGAUGACGGGCGCAUCGAAAAAAGUUCCUUAUCGUGACUCGAAGUUGACAAAUUUGUUCAAAAACUUUUUCGAUGGCGAAGGACAAGUACGGAUGGUGGUUUGUUGUAAUCCAAGAGCUGAAGAAUACGACGAGAAUGUGCAAGUAAUGAAAUUCGCUGAAAUGACGCAAGAAGUACAAAUAGCUCGUCCAACGCCGAUGAAAUCAGCUCUCGAUAUCGGUUUAACACCCGGUCGUCGCAAGGCAAACCAACUUUUCAAGAAAGCCGUCGACAAUUUGGAAGAAAAUGGCAAACCUGAAGCGCGUCACUUUGAUGUCGAUCUCGGUCUGGUUUACAGCUUAGGUCCCAGUUUCCCCAAUUACCGCCUGGAUUCUGUCGAAAACGAGCGCGUCAUCCAGGAUCUCAUGAAAUUCCUCGAAAACCGCAUCGAAAAGCGUCGCAUCUUGCUCGAUGACUUCAAUGCGCGCCAAGACAAAUUCCGCUUGCAAUUGAUGCAUUUGGAAAAGGAGAACAUCAUGCUCAAAUCCGAGACAUCGAGCACAAAAGCAACUCUCAAGAUCGAACGACAACGAAAUCAAGCGUUGGAAAACCGAAUUAUCGUCCAUGAACGCGCACUCGACGAUUUAAAUCGAAAAAUCAAAGAAGUCGAGCAAGAAAAUGAACGUUUGCGUCAAUCGAUGGACGAAAAACAACGAGUUUUGCAGCAAAAAGAGCGCGAAGUCGAAAAUACAAGGAAAAAGUACGCCGCCAAGGUUGGAAUGGAAAAAACCAAGAUGGAAAGUGAGUUGGAACAAAAAUUGCAACAACAAAGAAGCAAAUUUGAGGAAAAAUACAAAUCGGAUGCGGAAAAAUUGAAACUUGUCUCGAAAAUUUUGAAAAGUACGGAAAUUCCAUCGGACCUUGCUUCAUCCCGGAGCAGCGAUUCGAGUGACAAAACCAUCGUUAAAGCCUCCGACGUUGUUUAUCGAACGCCCAAUGCAAAGACAAUUCAUCGCGGACUUUCCGUGGCAAAUCCCCGUCAUCGUCGUUCCCGUUCUGCCGAUCGAUGGCUUGAGCAUCGCGCAAAAAAUCCCGUUCCUUUGGGCACCAUCUUCCAACCGUACUACAAAGCGCGCAAAUCUGUCACGCAAGUCGAAGAGCAAGACUUGAAGGACCAGAAAAACGGCAAAUAUUGCUUGAUUGAUCAAGUUGCCGACACAGAUGGCGAAGUCGAGACGCGCAUCUACAAGGGAAACAUCAUUCCGACAAAGGCGGGAGGCACGCAGGUCGUAUUGGAAGACGUGGAAUUGUUGAAGCAAUUUUCGCCGACAUCGCCGCAACGCGUCAAGCGCGGAAGUGCCGAGAAUCCGGAUCUCGUGUCGCAAAGUAUUAAGAAGAAGAAGUUCUAUGUGUAGAAAUUUCUCUUGUUUAUUUUUGAUUUUUUGAUGUUUUUUUGACUAUUUUGUAUUGUAUACCAUGGUUUUCAUGAAAAUAAAUGGAAAAAGUAUUAUAUUA